GGAACCUGCCCGGCCGGCCCCCCCCGCCCCCUUCGGAGCCUGCCUGUUUACUCGCCGGCGGGGAUGGAGGCUGACGGGAGGCCGCGGCCUCAAGAGCGGCGCUCGCCAUGAAGCACCGGCCGCCGCGCUAUGAGAGGAAUCAUAUCGUCAAAACCGAGCAAUUUGGAGCAGAUCACCUCCAACCUGCUGCCAUGCAGCCCCACUCAAAUAAUCGCCACGGCGCGGCAGGAAACAGCAACGGUACCUCAGCCUCUCAGUGCACUCACGGAGCAAGGUCGCCAGGAGAAGGAUCUUGCCAGCAUGGAGGGGACAUCCACAUCCAGCUGAGUUCUGCUUUGGGAGAGGCAGGCGAAGACGCUGGCUCUAGGCAGCACCUGCAGUCAGGGACUCAGAGCCAUUCUCGCUCCCACUCCCACGGCGAAGCUCGAGGGCCUCAAGAUGGCGGCUCGGAUUUGGAGGAGCAGAGCAGCAGCUCCCUUUCCGAGCUCAGAUAUCUCCUCCACUGGCUACAGAAGAGUCUCCCGUACAUCUUGAUCCUGUCCCUCAAACUCCUCAUGCAGCACAUAAUGGGCAUUUCUCUGGGAGUUGGGCUGCUAACAACUUAUAUGUAUGCAAACAAAAGCAUUGUAAAUCAGGUUUUCCUAAGAGAAAGGUGUUCCAGACUGGAGUGUGUCUGGUUAUUGGCAUUCCUAACAGGAUCCUCCCUCCUUCUGUAUUAUACGUUCUACCCUCAGUCUCUUCAUUACAGCUUGAUCCUUUUAAGUCCUUCUGUGGAUUACACAAAUUUCUGGGAGGUACUUUGGAUCGUGGGGAUCACAGACUUCAUUCUGAAGUUUCUCUUCAUGGGCUUCAAAUGCAUCAUUCUCUUACUGCCUUCUUUUAUCAUGUCUUUUAAGUCCAAGGGUUAUUGGUACAUGCUCUUGGAAGAGCUCUGCCAGUUUUACCGCAAGAUCGUCCCUGUGCCAGUCUGGUUCCGGUACUUUGUUGGCUUGAGGGAGCUGGACAGCGCAUUGGGGUGGAGUCUCGGAGUCUUGAUGGCCCUGCUCUACCUCAUCCUAAAGCUUCUGAGCUUCUUUGGACAUCUGAAAAAUUUCAGACGAGUCUUGCGGAUAUUUUAUGCACAACCAAACUUCGGCGUCGCAGCCAGCAAGAGGCAGUGUGCGGAAGCGGAAGACAUUUGCUCCAUCUGCCAAGCUGAAUUUCAGAAGCCUGUUCUUCUCAUCUGCCAGCACAUAUUUUGUGAAGAAUGCAUAGCUCUGUGGUUCAACAGAGAGAGAACGUGCCCCCUGUGCAGAACCAUCAUCUCGGACCACAUCAACAAGUGGAAAGAUGGGGCAACUUCCGCACAACUACAGGUCUAUUAAAAACCCUGUCGGACACAAGAGCUACAGUUUGAAUGCUGGUCUUUACCGUUUAAGGGGGUUGGGUGGAAAGGAGGCGUUAGAAGAAAAAGGUACUCAGGGGGUUAAGUCUACAUACGUCCAUCUCUCAGCUGCUGCAGGACUUGAGUCCAUUCAGACACAAAGCAACUUGCUUGAAAGCUGCUUUUUCAUGUUGAAUUCACCCUUCAGUUGCUGGUUGUGUGUAAAAUACGCCAGAGCUCUGUUCUUCAACCUUGGUUCCCCUGGUGCCUUUGCACCAGAACACCCAUCAUCCCUGACCGUUACUGGCAGGGACUGCUGAGAGUUGUAGUCUUGUAGUCCAAUUUCAUGAGGGGAACCAAGGCUGAAUAACAUUGGUUGAGACGUGCUCAAAACUUUUGGCAAUGCUGCAGGAGCAAUAGCCUCAAAUUCAGUUCCAUGCAGAUGUCUAAACCAGCCUGUUACCAGAGCACAAAUAGGAUCAGUAUUGCACGUGAUAUGCUAAAAAUCCAGUUUGCACAAAUCUUGAGAUUCUAUGAGAGUUACCACUUUUAUGCCACUUGGCUCCUGUAGAAGCUGCUGGUUCCUUAUCCCUCCUGCCAUUACAGCAGUAGCUACUUAUAUUCAUGCAAGAAAGUCAGGAAUGAAUUUUUUGCUUCAAUUAUGCACACAUAAUUUUUCUACUUUUGUAAGCCUGGAUUUUUAAAAAGCAAAAUCUUAUACUAUAUUUUGUCAUAAACAACUACAUUUUAUUACAAAGGGGAAGAGAUCUAUUUUAGUGAUACUUAAGACAACAACCUGUGGUAUACCUAAAGAUUGGUGAGAAUAAAAGCAGUUUUAAUCUA